AUGUCUCGUCAAGCCAGUAGAUUGGAUCAAAAAAAAGUUAAUUCUGAACUUUUUACAUUAACCUAUGGAACAUUAGUCACACAAUUAUUAAGAGAUUAUGAAAAUGUCGAAGAUGUAAACAAACAACUUGAAAGAAUGGGUUACAAUAUUGGUGUUAGAUUAAUUGAAGAUUUUCUUGCGAGAACAUCGUCUGGACGGUGUACGGAUUUUAAAGAAACUGCUGAAAAAAUUCAAAUGGGAUUUAAAAUGUUUUUGGGUAUAUCACCAAACAUAACAAAUUGGAGUCCAGCUGGAGAUGAAUUUUCAUUGAUAUUCGAUUCGAAUCCUUUAAUUGAAUUUGUCGAAUUACCAGAUAAUUUUAUGCAAUUGAAAUAUUCAAAUAUUUUACCCGGUGUUUUACGUGGAGCUUGCGAAAUGGUUCAAAUGGAAAUAAGUUCUUGGUUUGUACAAGAUCAAUUAAAGGGAGAUAAUUGUACAGAAUUAAGAGUUAAAUUUAUAAAAAGACUGGAAGAUGCCAUACCAGCUGGAGAAGAUUAA